AUGAAGACGGCGAUAAGUGGUCGGGGAAUGGUCUCUCACGUCAUCGGAGUGCCUCCUCCCCCACCACGAACCGAUCCAGCCUUCUCACAGUGGCAACAAGCCGAUCACUGUGUGUUCACUUGGCUGAUUCAGAACAUCGAAUCUCGAUUAGUCAGUCGGGUUUCACAACAUCCGACAGCUAAGCAUAUCUGGGAUGCUUUGGCGGUCACUUACGGGAGCGGAGGAGAUAAAAUCCAGGUGUAUGAUCUCCAGUUCAAAGCCACAACACUGAGACAAGGAAGCAGUUCAUUAGAAGAAAUAUGGAGCCGGUUGGGAGAAAUUUGGAUCUCAAUUGACCAAAAACAGAAGAACCCAAUGAAAUAUCCAGAGGAUAUGGAGAUUCAUGAAAAAUUCAUACAAGAUCAGAGAGUAUGUCAGUUUCUCUAUGCAAUUGACAACAAAUAUGAAACAACCAAGAGGGAGAUAUUGAAAAUGGAUCCACUUCCCUCCGUUGACUACGCGUACAAUCUGAUUCAGCAGGAGGAGACACGUCUCCAAGUUUUACAGCAGGCGAACAACGGCGGAGCAGUUACCACAGAUGGAAUCGGAACUGGCCUCGCCAUCCGAGGGUGGCAGAACCAGACCGGCAGCUCCCGGGGUGGCGGCCGCGGCAGCAAUAGUGGUGUUCGCGGCGGUGGCAACAGCAGGAGUCAGCGAAAUUAUGAAGAAGACAAAUCAAAAUUAGUGUGUUCCUACUGCAGACGGAAAAGACACACAAAAGAUUCAUGCUUUGAACUAAUUGGAUAUCCGGAUUGGUGGGAAGAAAAGCACGGCAAGCCGCCGCCACCGCAAACACCCCGGAACCGCGGUGGAAACGCCGCUGCAGCAGUCAGAGGCACCGCCAUCAACGGUGGGCAAGGGGUCGCGCAGACCAGCGCCGCUGUCCAGUCAAAUGGAGGCGAAGACGUCGCAGCUCAGCCGACGAACACAAUCGGGGCGGCGAACUUCGUCGCCGGCGGGAAUGGAAGCGUUAUUCAAGAUUGGAGUGGAGAAUUGUUGGAGGAGGAGGCGGCGGAUCCUUUAGGAUAUUCGAACCGGGGAGAUAAUUGGACGUGGCACUGAAUGCGAUGGGCUCUAUUACGUGGAUGAGAUAGCUCAAAAAGGGACUGCCAUGCUAACUCACGGAUCAGCUGAUCGGAAAGCUUGGCUUUGGCAUCGGCGUUUGGGUCAUCCCUCUAUCGGUUACUUAAAAUUGUUAUUUCCUAGUAUUACUCCUAAGCAUGACAUGUACUGUGAAACUUGUCUUUUAUCCAAA